AUGCUGCGAUCCUCAACCGCUUUCAGGCUCAAUGACAUGCUCACUACAAACCUUGUUUCGUUGGAGCACAACAUCAACAAGUUCUUGCUCUUGGACCAGCAGAUCAAUGAUGGCCACAUUUUCAAUGUGUGGCCUGCCAUUCUCUCAAUGUGUUACCCGUUCUUGGCCCACAAGCACCUCCGUGACUGCUUGAUCAUUGUUGUGUUGAGAGGUUGGCACAACAAGAUGAAACUCAAUGCGUACCACUUUGUUGAAGUGUUUGCUGGAUGUGCAAACCUUACACUUGAACUGCUCAGAGGCGGCUACCGUGGCAGCGCAUUUGACAUUGUCUUCGAGUCGUGCCACAAUGCACUGAGUCGCAACGGGUUGCGAUUGCUUUUGGAUGCGAUCACCAGCCUCCGAGAGGGAGGACUUGUUUGGAUCGCAACUCAAUGCAGUUCGUUUGUCGUCCUUUGUCGACACCAGUCCCAAAGAUGUGAAGCCAAUGGCUUUCUUGGGAAUACCCAACGGCCCUUUGUGGUGCUGGGCAACCAUUUGAUGGAGAUAUCAUGUGACAACUUCAAGGAGAUUCAGUACGUAUAUGGGCUCAUUCAACGGGCCCUCAGUGAAGCCGCUCCAGCUUUGGAGCCCCUGGCCAAAGGCCCAGUGAAGAUGAACGACAUUGGUGGGCUUUUGGGUGGCGCACACUAG